ACAUAAGCCACUCAAUCUGACGACGUGGCCGAGGUACGUUUCUGCCAGUGUUUGGUUUCAGCGGACCGGGGUGAUUCAAACAAGAAAUACCGGCUUUGUUCAUUGCUUGCCGGGCGCGUCGUGCACUGUAGAUGCUCUGACGAAUCCAUCUGAAACUUUGGUAUUAUUAUUGUCUGACGAUGUCUGGAAAAAUCAAAAACCGAACUGCUGCAAACGCAGAGUCGAUAUCUGGCGGCGUGUCCUGUGAUGAGCGCAUCUUGCGGGAUUGUCAUCAGCUGUACACGGAUCCCGACAGUGGGUUGAUCACAGUGGCCGAAACUGUUGGUGUGAAGUUGCUGCCGCCCAGGAAAAAGAUCACUGUAUUGCUGAUGGGCAACCAUUCUGCUGGGAAAAGCUCCUUCAUCAACUGGUAUGUCGAAGAGCACAUCCAGCGCACUGGAGUGGCGAUUGAGACCCAAGGCUUCAGCUUUGUGACGAGUGGGCGCAAGAGAGAAUCUCUCACAGGAAAUGCCACCCUUCAUCUGUAUCCACACUUCAAGCCUCUGCAACAGUUCAAAGGUGUUUCAGAGUACUUGAGCACAGAGAUCUGCACGUCGCGUCAGAAACGGUUCAGCCUGGUGACUUUUGUGGAUUCGCCAGGGUUGGUGGAUGGUGAUAUGAAGUAUCCCUUUGAUGUGGACGAGGUUAUCCUGUGGCUGGGUGAUCUCUGUGACCUGAUUUUGGUCUUUUUCGACCCAAUGGGUCAGGCUUUGUGCAAGCGCACCCUCAACAUUGUGGAAAGCCUGAAUGAGAAACACGGGGAUCGGCUGCAUUUUUACCUGAGCAAGGCUGACGAGGCCGGGGGAGAGUCUGACAGACAGAGAGUAAUGAUGCAGAUUGUCCAGGAGCUCUGCAAGCGACCGGGACUCAACAAAUGUGGUUUUGACAUGCCCACCAUCUACAUUCCUAGUCCAAACAAGCCGAGUCGCUGCGUCAACCAAAUUGAGGAGGUGUGUCGCACCGUCGAGAAAACUAUUAACCAAACAGUCCAGAAUACACUCAACUCCCUUGAGAAGGACUGUGAGGUCAUCAGCGAGGCCAUAACUGAUACGCUCAUUAAUGACAGGCAGACCAGUGUUGAGAACCGACGCGCGCGCUGCAAGAGCUGCUUCCUGACUCUGCUGGGCUUCAGUUUCCCACUGGCUCUGAUGGCCUUACUGGUGCUGGGCGCUCUGUCCAAGGAGCUGCUGGAGAUGGCUUUGGGCCGCGAAGGCAAAGAAGCACUUGGGCUCUAUCUGACUCCCAUCGUGAGAAUGUUUGAGUCACUCUCUGUGGAGCAGCAGCUUUACAGCUGUGGUGGACUGGUCCUCCUCUCCUUCCUCCUACUCAUCAUCGCACGCUUCUCCUUCAAGACUCGACCAACUUUGUCAGGCAAACAGAAAAGGCAACUGCAGGAGAAGCUGGAGUACGUUCAGGAGGUGGUCAAGACCAAAAAGAAGAAGCUGUAUGAAGACUAUCUACGCCAGAGUGUCAGCGAUCAUGACAUGGACUUGUAAAGAAAGACUGAGAUGUACACUAAAGACUCAGCAUCUCCACAGUGACACGGGACCAAAUGAAAUUUCACUCGACCACCCGAUGCUGUAUCUUUGUACACUCAUAAAAACCCAUUAAGAGCUCUGGUGCUGUUCAUACUGUAAUACCAUUUAACGAUUAGAUAAUGUUACCUCGGUACAAACUGUUAAACCACACUACCUGCAGGUUUGGCCUCAAGGCAAUAUGAGCUUUUGUUACUGAUCGCUUAUUUGUUGUGAACAUUUAUACAUGUAUUCUGUGCCUCUGCUCCACUCAACCAUUAAUCCAGGCUUAUACCACUUAAGAUAUUUAAAAAUGUUCAAACUAUUUAUGAUAUUGCUUUAUCAGAGAAAUUGUAUUUUGGUUAAACAACAAAUAGCACUGGUUUACGUGAGUCACUUUGUAUGAGUUAUCGUUUUUUGAGACUUUGACCAGCAUUUUAUACAGUACUUUGGCUGCUUUGUAUCAUGAAUUUGCGGUUUUGGUAUCAAUCCAUCAAUAUUGACAUAACUUUUGCUAUUGUUGGAAAUGAAGAUUUUAAGCCAGCAAUCAAACAUUUUAUCGGUUACCAGAUCAACGUUUUGUAUUUCUCUUUCCUACAUUGUGACCAUGUUUUAAUGACAACUGAUUUAAAUAAAAAGCAUUGUUCAAUAUAA